AUGGAAGUACAUAUGAGCAGUGGUAAUGGACAGUGGCGUACAACAAUUCGGUAUUGCAGCUAUGGUGCUUGUGAUAUGGGCAGUGGCACACAACUCGGUAUUGCAGCUAUGGUGCUUGCGAUAUGGACAGUGGCGUACAACAAUUCGGUAUUGCAGCUAUGGUGUUUACGACCUCAGUGCAAGCAAUAUGCGAUAGCUCUCGACUGUUCUUUUGAUUAUUUUAAUCAUAUCAUAUAA